GCACGUUGUCUCCUUUCCGCUGCCAGCGAGUUGCUUGUGCCCUUAUUCUUGCCACCUUGUUGUGAUUCUACACCCAUCUCGUCCCAGGACAAUCCCAAAAAGCGACUAUAAUGGGCGGCGCAGGAUGGCUAUUCCUUUUCUCGGUACUCAUGGCUGCUGGGCUGCUGUUUACGAUGGUCUUUUUCAUCAUCAUGUUCUCCGACCUCGAAUGCGACUAUAUCAACCCAAUAGAUCUUUGUAACAAGCUUAACCAGUUUGUCCUCCCGGAGAACAUAGCGCACGCGUUCCUGGCGACUCUAUUCCUACUGUCGGGUCAGUGGACGGCCUUCCUGCUCAACGCGCCAUUGCUCGUUUUCAAUGUCAAUAAAAUCCGGAACAAGAAUCAUAUGUACGAUGCGACCGAGAUUUUCCGCACCCUCCCAAACCACAAGAAAGAGAGCUUCAUCAAGCUUGGCUUUUAUCUCCUCAGCUUUUUCUACUACCUCUACAGAAUGAUCCUUGCUCUCAUCCAGGAGAGCGAAUGAACGCACGAAACACCAAGCCUGGCUGUCACGCUCAUUUCACGAACUCUGCUGAUGACCAUGGCGGGCGCAGGUGCGGCAGGUAAGGGUGGAUCUACACGACAUUUGGACUGGUUCGACGAUGCUCUCUGUGUCGACUGGCGUUCCUCGCUUGAAUAUAAUGCGCGGUUACGACCGACUGACUUG